AUGUCGACGUCCUCUGAGACACCGCCCGACACCAUCAUGGUCUCAGACCCUGGUGCUGACAGGCUCGCCGACGGUGACCACAUUUCCAUCGAGGCCCCCACGGGAGGCAACUCGAGCGUGCCCAAGCCGAAGCGGCUGGCGUGCAUGAUUUGUAGGAAGCGGAAGUUGAAGUGCGACGGAAUUAAACCGAGCUGCAGCACAUGUUCGCGUCUCGGCCACACCUGCGCCUACGACGAAGUCAGGAGGAAGAGCGGGCCCAAGAGGGGCUAUGUGAAGGCGUUGGAAGAACGACUAAAACAAGUCGAAACACUGCUAAAAACACAAGAAGUCUCUGGUGCCGAUGGCUCGAAAGGGAUGCCGAUCCCUCUUGAUGGGGCCGCGAAACAACCCCUCAACCAACGCGCUGCUGCCACCGCCAACUUCAACGUCACAGAUCCCUCCAUCAACAUCGCCAGUAGCCGUGAUAUGGAUCGUUGGCACUUCAAUGCUGACUCGCCUAAUAACCCGCCCCUGGAAGAUUUCAACUUCAACGGCGGCAUGGCUAUGGGUAUGGGCGGAGUUGAUAACAAUUUCACGUGGGAGAUGAUCGGCUUGGGCCUGGAAGAGCCGCUACCCCCUCAGGAGACGAUCGACGAGCUGCACCAAAUCUACUUCGAGAAGAUUCACCCCUCCGUGCCCAUGAUCCACAAAUAUCGGUAUCUAGCAGCGAUGAACCUCGCUCCUCCCCAACGGCCACCCGUUUGUUUGCGAUACGCCAUGUGGACGUUGGCCUGCUCCGUUUCGGACAAGUUCCAAACGUUGAAGGACCUCUUUUACGCCCGCUCAAGGAAAUAUCUCGAGUCGGAUUACAUCAAAGGCUACGGCGAACACAUCAUCUCGGUCGCCCAUGCCCAGACCCACGUUUUGCUGGCCUCAUACGAGUUCAAGUGGAUGUAUUUUCCUAGGGCGUGGAUGAGCACCGGCUCAGGCGCGCGACUAUCUCAGAUGAUUGGACUUCACCGCCUCGAUGGGGCAGGAUUAGACGUCAAGCAGUGCCUACCGCCACCUCGGGACUGGACGGAGAGGGAAGAGCGUAGGAGAACCUUUUGGAUGGCAUUCUGCCUCGACCGUUUCGCUAGUAUUGGCACCGGGUGGCCCAUGACCGUCGACGAAAAGGAUAUCUUGACGAACCUGCCAGCUUCCGACGACGCUUUUGAUAUGAGCCGGCCGGAGCAGACCCCCACUCUUGCAGAGGCCAUGGGCCCCGCGGGGGCAGGCAAGAUCUCAUCCUUUGCUGGGGUUGCGUUGAUGGCGUGCCUUUUCGGCCGGAACCUCGUGCAUUUGCACCGGCCAGACGUCGACGACAGAGACCACGACCUUAACGGCGAGUUCUGGAAACGUCACCGACAAAUGGACAACAUCCUCCUCAACACUUCGCUAUGCCUUCCAACCCACUUGAAGUUACCAAACGGCCUCGGAAAUGCCAACGUGGUGUUCACCAAUAUGUGUAUCCACACAUCUACCAUCUGCCUCCACCAGGCGGCCAUCUUCAAGGCCGACAAGAACAGGUUACCGGCUUCGGUGAGCUCGGAGAGCAAAGUACGGUGUAUCACGGCGGCGAAUGAAAUUGCGAGUAUCAUGAGGAUGGUCUCGCACCUUGAUUUAUCCGCGAUGAACCCCUUUAUUUCGUUCUGCCUAUACGUCUCUGCUCGAGUAUUUGUUCAGUACCUUAAGAGCAGACCGGACGAUAGCCAGACUGCGGAUUCCCUGCGUUUUCUGCUAUCGGCCAUGAACGCACUGAAGAAACGGAAUCCUCUCACCGAGUCAUUCCUCGUUCAACUCGACGUGGACCUCGAAGCAUUAGGGGUGCGCAUCCCAAAACUGAGGUCCGCAUUUCCUCGCAGCAGCGAUACCGUCCCAGGCGACAACGGCAACCCCGCCACCGCGCCGGAUAUCAUCGACAUCGACCCUGCCCCCGGUACCGCGAACUACUCACCCGCUCAUCAGCCCACUACCCUCCCAACCCGCGAUCGCAGCCACACCGGACCCUAUGUGCCCAGUCACGGCCUCGCCCCCCCUCCCUACUACGGUCCUCCCCCGGAGAUGGACACAAGCAGCAGCAGCAACGAUCAUUCGGGCACCUCUCCCGACGGCAACGGUCGGACGCCAAAUUCAAGCACAACAGGGGGAACCUCGGACCCCCAGUGCCAAAACUUAGCAGCAGCAACCAGCAACGGGCACGUCAACGGCGGAUCCGGGCGAAACUCGUUCGAGACCAGUCCCGCUUCGUCCCACCAAAACAUCAACAACAUUUCGGGAACAUCAAGCGAUGUCGAACGGAACGUCAACGCCUUCUUCAGUACGGACCCAUCGUCGUUUAGCAUGUCGGGCGGGGUCUCGACGGGUCUGACACCCGGCCAACGAUUUAAUAUGACUGCGACCGGUGAAACGCCCGGCCCCAGAGGACCGGGUGGCAGCGCUGCAAAUGGCGAUCGAGCGACCGAAUUCCCCGGGCAUACGGCGCCAACAUGGGCCGAAAUGUCGGGGCAGCAGGGGAUGACACCUGUUGCGGAGGGCGUUCUAAGGUCGAUCAUGGGCAUGGGGCCUAUAGAUGGGAUGGAUAUGGGUUGGGAGCCGAGCGGGUAG